GCAAAAAGAGAGCGUAGUCAUUUCAAAAAAUCGAAUCCCCGCUGCAAGAAAAAGGAUUACAAAACAGGCAACGUCACUCACUCAUGCAUUAUCAUUGGAUGAUUGAGUUAGUUUGAUCGAUUCUGCUUUCAAAACGCCCCUAAUUCAUCACAUUACUUGCAAAAAAGGUAUAAGAAGAAGGGGGAGGGGCAAAAAAAUAGCUAUUUUCUUUUUUUUCUUUUUUUCAUAGUUUAUACUCGGUUUAGCCAUGCCUUCUCCUGCUGCUGCCUCAGAGAAGCAGCUCAAUGUUGCAGUGAUAGGAUCAGGUCUUGCAGGUCUUACAGCAGCUUAUUUAUUAGAAAAAAACAACCAUGAGCAUCAACAGAUUCAUGUACAUCUCUUUGAGAAAAGCUCAACGUUGGGCAUGGAUGCAGCUUCCGUUUCUGUCGGCCAUGAAAAGAAAAAGUUUAGAAUUGAUGUCCCCAUGCGGUCCUUUAUGUCUGGCUAUUAUUCACAUUUAUUUAGACUUUACAAGCAUUUGGAAAUUCCAGCAAAAGAAGCAAAAUUUGAUUUUGGAUGGUAUCGUAUCAAAAAAUACCACGCGUUCAAACAGACAUUGGAAGGAGAGACACAGGCAGCAACAGCAACAGAUAGAGAAACGAAAAACGAAUCCUACCUCGUGUACAGUGGUGCGCGAACAGUCGGCCAUUUCGACCUGAUCUCCUCCUCCAGGUCUCCCUCCCUCGCGACCCUCCUGCUCGACCUCCUGAAAUACAUGUGGCGAUCGUUUGUCGUCGCUUACUCCUAUCUAUGGCUGAUGUGUAUUGCUCUAUGGAUGCAGUACCGAGGACAUUUCAAAAACCCAGAGCAUCCCAUCUGCAAUAUGACACUAGGACAAUUUUUCAUAAAAUAUCGCAUUCAUCCUUAUUUCUCUCAUCAGGUCUUUGUGCCGCUCUUUGCUGCCGUGUGUACCAGUACUUAUUCAUCCAUGCUCAACUAUCCAGCUUCUGAGAUUCUCGAAUACAUGGCCAUGGGAUUGAACCAAGCCUCUUAUGUGUGUGCAGGCGGUGUGCAACAAGUGGUACGCGCUAUGUCAGCGCCGUUAAAGCACGUUCAUCUCGCUACAGAAAUCACAUCCAUCCAAGCCAACCCAGAUCCCAACCAUCGUUUCCUUUUGAUAGACCAACACCACAACACCUAUCCUAUUGAUCAUAUUAUUUUUGCAACCCAAGGCAAUCAGUCGCUCCGUCUCCUGGAGGGCCUGGUGGACGUCCUCCGUCAGCAGCAACCACCACCACCACCACAACAACAACAAACGGCUACGUCCGUGGCCAUAGAACCCGUCCUUGAACAAAUCAACAUGUUAAAGACGUUUGUUUAUAAUACCGCUUUGGUCAUCAACCAUACCGAUACACGCGUUUUACCCUCCAACCCUUCUCAUUGGAAGGCUUUGAAUUUAGCCAUGGUCGACAAAACCGUCAAGACGCAUACGAUGGAUAAACGCUUGAUCGUGCCUUUUCCUCACGAAACCACCAUGGCCACCCAUAUCCUCAACUAUACACAUCCAACCCCUCUUUCCUUGCCGGCCGCUCGUCAAGCGCAGGAGGACAAGGAGAGUGAGGGCUUGUUGAUGCAAACCACCAAUCCUUGUGUUGCUGUAGACCCUUCCAAAGUACUUUCCAUCGCGUGGUUCGAAAGAGCUACCGUGACGCUGGAAUCGAAAAAGGCAUUACAGAAACUCUUCACUUUUGCCCCCUCACCGACAAAGAGAGAAACGUCGAGCGAGGACGACGAGGACGUCCAAUUAGCAGCAUGUCAAGGAAACCAAGGUCUUUGGUUCGUUGGCUCUUAUUGCUGGAGAGGCAUACCCCUUCUGGAAGGUUGUGUGGCCAGUGCUGAAUAUGUGGUGAAAAAGGGUCUCGCCUCAUGCGAACAGCUAAAUAUACAUGUACCAUGGUCUAAAGACAAACAAGAGGCAUUAGAAAAGCAUCUCAUAGACAGCCUACAUAAGAAAAAAGAUUAAAAAAAAACUGUAAUAUAGAACUUGGAAGAAAGCAGGUAUCAAGUCUACAAAAAAAAAAAAAAAAAAAAAAAAAAAAAAAAAAA